CACGCGCCACAACUUGGAAUUUGGUUAGGUCGGUUUGGGUUAAUUCCGUCAGUGGUAAUCGCACUUUGCGUUCAAUUAUUACGCUAUCUUUCCAUAGUAUCGGCAAGUUUCAGCCAGUGAUCGCUGAAAACUGCAAUAAUUUAGCACAAACGGUGAUAGCUGAAAAAUGUUGAUAAAAGUAAAGACCCUUACUGGAAAAGAGAUUGAAAUAGAUAUAGAGCCUACUGACAAGGUAGAAAGAAUUAAAGAAAGAGUGGAAGAGAAGGAAGGAAUACCACCACAGCAACAGCGAUUAAUAUUUUCUGGCAAACAGAUGAAUGAUGAAAAGACGGCGCAAGAUUAUAAAGUUCAGGGCGGUUCGGUAUUACAUUUGGUACUUGCAUUGAGAGGAGGCUGCAAAUACAUUCCUCGUUUAUAAAUCAAUAUGAGAAGAUAUAAAAUAAAUGAGAGAUCAAUAGGAAAAGAAAAUGGGAAAAAAACAUGUUCGUCGUCGGCAUCUGCAUUCAAAGAGGAUUCUAUGUUGUUCUAUGUGAUAGAAUAACGUAGAAUCUAAUUGUGAUCUUUAUAAUCU